AUGGUGGGAAACACCAACGCCACCAUGGUGGAAGAAACCAUCUGCAAUAUCACCACACCUGAAUCAGAGAGCGCAGAGGAAAUCGAUAUCGAGUAUGCCAUUCGCGGAUCCACCUGUGGCGUUCGAAACCUUUAUCAAACCGAGCCCGAUGAAGACGGGGAGACAUCACGGACCACGAAGCUUCCAGUGAAAAUGAUCGAGUCCGUGAAAACGGACGAAUCUGCACAAUUCGCAUUGAUUCUACGGUACACCAAAUGCUACGAUGGACGGGAAGAGCCUGACUAUCUUCUCGGUCCUGGUCCAAAGCGAGCCUCUGAAGAACUUCUUGGGGAAAUUCCUUACGAUGGAUACGCUGGAGUGACCACUCCACUUAAGCGCCUGGAAUUCAAACGGCCGCUCAGGCCUCUUGUCUAUCGAUGGGAGAAGUUCGUCAAGGUUUGGGAAGAGGAAGAGCUGGAUUCAACAGCCAAAGAACACGCUGACCUCUUUUACAAGAUUUUCGAAGAGGAACUGAAGGACACACUUGAGCACAAGAAGGACCUUAUUCGCAAUCGAGUCAUCACACACCCACUGGUCUGGAUCCUCUUUGAGCCCGGUGACAUGGUCAUCAGCAGCAGUAACGCCCCACGGGGAUACCUCUUCUCGAGUGCUCAGCUUCGAAAUCGGAGCAACGAUUGGGUCCUCACUUGCAAACACAUUAACUUUAAUGGCAAGAGAUUUGGCUACAAGGACCAAGAUUUCUUUGUGGAUGCUUUCGUUGGAACCAUGCCUAUCACUUCUCUGCCGGUUUACCCCUUGAAGUAUCAUACUGAGAAGGACGAUUUGCAGAAGACCCUUAUCGCCCAGGGAAAACGCUGGGAGGAGCACAAAGGGUACCAUUAUCGGCAAUAUGAAGGCACAGCUCUGGAACCUCAGAGGAAGGCCGCAAGAAACAAUACCAUGUCAAGAGUCGUAUUAUCAUCGACGCCGAAGCCUUCGGAGCUGACCGAUGACCAGCGCAUGAUCACUUCGGACACGGUCUAUGGCUACUCCCUGAUUGAUAAGGAGUGGUUAGAAUUCUCUCUUCGUGGCGUGUCGGAGAUCGAAUGGAACACUCACGCCUUUGAGUCUCUUGUCCUUCCCCAGGAGCAGGAAGGCCUGAAGGAUCUGCUUCUGGCUGUUGCCAACGCCCAGUCCAAGCAACUGGACAACUUCGACGAUGUUCGGCCCCCGGGUGUGGGCAAGACCUUGACAGCAGAUAGCGUGGCCGAAGUGAUGCAGGUUCCAUUGUACGCCAUGAGUGCAGGCGACCUCGGCACUCAUGCCGAGGUAGUUGAGCAAAAGCUGCAAGAGAUCCUUCGCAUUGUUCCCAAAUGGGGCGCCGUUCUCCUUGAUGAGGCCGACGUCUUCAUGGAAGCCCUUUCUUCGGCCGACCUAGAGCGCAACGAACUGGUGUCGAUUUUCCUCAGGGUGCUGGAAUACUACGAGGGUAUUCUAUUCCUGACAACCAACCGUGCCGAGCACAUUGAUCCGGCCUCCCGGCGACACAUUUGGAGUCAAUUCUUGGGCCGCUCUGCUAAUGUGGCUGCUUUCUCGGAUGAGCAGCUGGACCAGCUUGCCGUGCCGCAGAUGAACGGGCGACAAAUUAAGAAUACUCUCAAGACUGCCAGUCUGCUGGCUUGGUCUCAGGAGAAGGAGUUGGAGUUUCAGCAUGUUCAGGUGGUGCUCAAUCUGCGAAACAGCAAUGCGCUGAAGAUUGACUAA